GUAUAGGCCAGGGAACCACUUUAAUUUUAGUAAAACUGACCUUGCUAAUGGAAAAAAUGCCAUUAAAACUUUACGGUUUGGCUAGAAACGUCAAUAUUAGCGAUAAGGAUCCAGACAUGGAUUGGAAAUCAAUUACGGAUAGGGCUGCUACCCGAAUGUUCUUUAAGGAACUUUUCAAGGGCUAUGGAAUAACAGGCAGUUACUUAUUUCGCGAACCUGCGACCAUAAAUUAUCCGUUUGAAAAAGGCCCUCUUAGUCCAAGAUUUAGAGGCGAGCAUGCAUUGCGUCGUUACCCUUCAGGGGAAGAACGCUGCAUUGCCUGCAAACUUUGUGAAGCUAUUUGUCCAGCUCAGGCAAUUACAAUUGAAGCUGAGACUAGAGAGGAUGGAAGUAGGAGAACAACAAGAUACGAUAUCGAUAUGACAAAGUGUAUAUUUUGUGGUUUCUGCCAAGAAGCUUGUCCCGUUGAUGCCAUCGUAGAGGGACCGAAUUUUGAAUAUUCAACAGAAACCCACGAAGAACUUCUUUAUAAUAAGGAAAAAUUACUGCAAAAUGGAGAUAAGUGGGAGGCAGAAAUUGCGGGAAAUUUAAAAGCCGACUAUCUGUAUAGAUAA